AUGUUGGCCAAUAGUUUUAAUUUCAUCCUACACAAAGUCUAUGCUGAAGUAAAACAUACUAUUUAUAUUUACUAUAAUUUCAUAACUGGUGACCAUGCUUGGAAACUUCAGGAAGAUUUGCCUAAUGAUGUGACCCUACUUGGUGUGGUCCUCUCCUUAGAUAAAACCAAGGUCAGCAACCUUGCUGGCAACCACUAUGCCUAUCUUCUUCUUAUCAUUCUUGCCAAUAUCGACCCUAAUGUAUGUGCUAAAGGAUUCCUCCAGGCAUAUAUCCCUCUCACUCUACUUCCUGUUGCAAAGUUUAUUCAUAAGGUUAAAUGCAUGCAUAGUGUUCUGGCAGACCAGUUACUUCAUCAAUACAUCGACAUUGUGAUUAAAUCAUUAAAGCAAACUGCACACCUAGGCAUCAUGAUGAGUGAUUCAGUGAGGUUCAGUAGAUAUUGUUUCAUGCCCCUUGUUGCUUAUAUAGUCAAUACUCCAGAGGAGCUUGUCAUUGCAUGCAUAACCAUGAAUGCAUUACCUUUCACUAUGGCUACAUGUACCAACUUUGGGAAUCCAGACCGUCAUCCUUUUCAUAAAAGCUGA